AUGUUGAUCCUCAUUGCCUAUGUGUUGACCUUCAUUGUGGGCUUGCCAGCCAACAUCUUCACCUUUGUUACCCUCCUGGGCAAGGCACGCCGCCGUGUCAACCCUGCUGACAUCCUCCUGCUCAACCUGACCAUCGCUGACCUCCUCCUCCUCCUCUUCCUCCCUUUCAAGAUGGCAGAAGCAGCUGCUGACAUGACCUGGCCCUUACCGAUUGUCCUCUGCCCUGUGGCCAACUUCUGCUUCUACUCCAGCAUCUAUCUCAGCAGUCUCUUCUUGGCAGCACUCAGUGUUGAGCGCUAUCUUGGUGUUGUCUUCCCCCUCCAGUUCAAGAACAGGCGGAGGCUGGGGCGGACAAUGGCUGCCAGCGCCAUCCUCUGGCUUUUGGCCUGUUCUCAUUGCUCCAUUGUCUUUGUGGCACAAUAUCAUGGUGAUGGUAGUAGACAGUCCACGAUCUACAACCCCAAUGGCUUCAUGGUCAAUGGUUCCAAGACUUCCAAUGGUGACAUCUCCAUCCCCAAUGGCUCCAGGAUCUCCAGUCCAAGUGGCCCCAAGCCCUAUAACUCCAAAGUCUUCACCAACAAUGUCACAACCAUCCCUGGCAUCUCCACUAUUGCUGAUGUCUCCUGGACCUCCAACAUCCACAGCACGGCUGUUCCCAACCAUCUUGCUGCUUCUAGCAGCCACGGUGAUACCAACAGCAACAGUACCUACAAGUGCUAUGAUGAUUUCUCAAAGGAGCAGCUGAGCUUUGUCCUCCCACUGCGGCUGGAGCUAUUUCUUGUUCUCUUCCUCCUACCGUUUGCUGUUACCAUUUUCUGCUACAUCAACUUUGUGCGGGCUCUCCUUGCCCGGCCUAAUAUUCCGCUGGAGAAGAAGCAACGGGCUGUGGGUUUGGCUGUGGCCACCAUGGUCAAUUUUGGGGUUUGCUUUGCACCCUACAACAUCUCGCAUGUGGUAGGCUUUGUGCUGCAUGAGAGCCCAGCAUGGAGGUCAUAUAUUUUGUUCCUCACCAGUCUCAAUGCUGCUCUUGACCCUUUCAUCUUCUACUUCUCCUCCACGGCCAUACAGAGGGCUGUGGCUGGGGUGGUGGUGGCUGUGCGGGACAAGCUACGAGCCAUGGUGGUCUGUUGUUAUGGGGGAGUGACCCAUGAGCACACCCUGCCCAGGAUGUGGCUUGCUGACACAAUGCUUUAG